GUUUAAAAAAGACGCUCCCCGCCCCCUCUCGAUCUCUAUAUCAGGUGAUCAUCGAAGAAUCGCGGUCACAUGAUCUCGUGUGUACAUAUUGAUCGAGUGGGCCAUGAUCAGCCUAGAACUUUAGAACCAUGACCAUGAAGGCAUGAUGACCACGCUAAUUUCUACUUAUUCUAGAACCAACCUGUUAACAAAUUAAUCAACAAUACCAAUGCAGCAGAUAGCAGCUGGAAGGCCUGAAGGACAAAUUUCAAUGGUCUAAUACAACACAAUUCUACUAUGAUACGUUUAGUCUGCAACAAGCGGUUCUUCGAGCCACGCUCAUCAUGUAGUAAAAAAAUGGGUAUACACACCCUUUUCAUCGUUACCUCAUUAUGUAUUCAAGUGACAUCUGGGUUCAUGACCCCUGACAUGAUACUGAAGAUGGCCACUGCAGGACGCCCUCCCAUGACGCCCCAUGUCCAGGGUGAAGUAUCUAGCAAGUGUGAGGCUGACCUAGCUGACCUCAUGGCAUCAGAGACCAGUGAACUGAUUCAGGUUGUUGACUCUUUUGGGAAGCCCGAGUCGGGUCUUCUGGCCGGUAAUGCAGUAUGGAUGGGCCACUAUGAUGAAUGCAUGAGCAUCUCAGAUUUUAAUUUCUGCAUGUCAUACCUACAGCUUACAUUACCACAGAAUAGUUCUAGUGUUCCAAGUCCUACAGGUAAAACUCAGUUGAUGUGGGGAGUGUGUGUACCACAAUCUUGCUCAGACUACGACAUACUGUAUGCUCUACAAGACUUACUGACUUUGGUGGAAGCUCCUUUCAACAUUACAGCCGUCAAUGCUUCUUCGGUCGUCUGUGCUCAAGAUCCCCCUGCUCCGUACAACAGUAUCGGUUUUAUUGUUACAAUGGCGAUUAUUGGAUUAUUAGCAAGUUUGAUGCUCCUAGGGGCUUUCCUAGACACCACCCUGCGUUCAGUAAACUACAAGGCCCCGCCCAGCACCCACAAGCUGGUCAUCAACAGGACAUCAGACCCUUACCCCUACCAGAGAGUGAGAAGCCCCUCUGGAGGUGAUGAUAGGGGUGCGAUGGAGGAGGAGGACCAAGGGGCGCAAGACCUGGAGGAAGUCCCGACAGCUUGCACCAGGGCAUGGCAACAGUUCCUGCUCUGCUUUGCUGUUAAUCGCAACCUCACAAAACUGCUGUCUUCUAAGACCAGUGAGGGCGGUAUAGGCUGUCUGAACGGCAUUCGGGUCAUCAGUAUGACCUGGGUCAUCCUUGGUCAUGUGCCACUCUUUAUUCUUAUGGCAGGAGUUGUGGGGAAUCCAUCAGUUGCCUUGGAUUUCAUUGGUCGAUUUGGGUUCCAAGCAGUGGCCAAUGCAUUUUUCUCAGUUGAUUCAUUUUUCUUUCUCAGUGGCUUGUUGGUUGCUUAUAUGGCUCUGGGUAAAAUGGCAAAGACGGGAGGGAAGCUUCCUUGGUUCUGGUUUUAUUUCCAUCGAUACUGGAGACUAACCCCAGCGCUAGGUAUGACCAUGUUGAUCUGGCUCCAUCUGAAACCCUACCUUGGUUCAGGACCUAUCUGGCAGGCUACGGUCUCGGAUCCGUACUGCUCCAAGUACUGGUGGGUCAACCUGCUUUACAUCAAUAACUUCUACCAAGAUAAUUGUAUUGCUUGGGUAUGGUAUCUAGCUAAUGAUAUGCAGUUUUUUAUCAUCAGCCCUUUUCUGCUCAUCAUGCUACACAAACUACCAUUGCUUGGACUGCUUAGUAUGCUAGUAAUUUGUGUGGUCAGCUCCAUUACUACUGGUGUACUCAUGGCUAAACACAACUUCUCUGUUGUUUUUGUGGAUGUGUCUAAUCCAAAUCCACCUGCAGAUAUAAAUCAAACCUUUCAGGAAGUGAUCUAUGACAAGCCCUACUGCCGCAUCGCACCUUACAUGGUUGGCAUGGCAAUGGGAUACCUUCUUCUUCGACUCAAGAAACAGAGUUUCAAAUUGCAUCCGUCUGUUGUGAUUAUAGGAUGGUGUGCGGCUACAGCCAUCGGAAUGGCGUGUGUGUAUGGGCUGUAUGGAGGUUACAACAACCACCCACUGAGUCCAACGGAGAACGCAGUCUACAUGGCUCUGUGUCGGUUCGCUUGGGCCAUCAGUCUCUCUUGGGUUGUGUUUGCCUGUCACUAUGGAUACGGAGGUUGGAUCAACGACUUCCUGAGUUGGGAGCUGUGGAUACCAAUGAGCCGUCUGACCUAUUCUGCAUAUCUUCUACAUCCUAUCAUUAUUACGAUCUACAUCAGCAACUUUGCUACCAACUACUUCUUCUCCAUCUAUAUGCUUGCAUUUGAGGUUGCAGCCAUCAUUACUCUGGCCUACACUGCUGCGAUCCUACUGGCAGUAUCCAUAGAGUUUCCUUUUGGAAACCUGGAAAAAAUGUUGGUGCCCUCGCCGGAUAAGAAGACUAAAUAGCAGCUGUAUAAACAAUGUAACGUGAUUGGGUUUUAAUUGUGUAUUACUUACAAGUACUUGUAAGAAGAGAAAAUGACAGAAAGAAAAGUGGCGAAUCCAGGGGGCAUCCAGGAUACAUACAUUCCCCCCCCCCCCC